AAUCAAUAGUCAAAAUUCUAUACUCUGUGUUCUUCUUAAAUUCACUUUAAAUCAAAAACAUAAUUUGAAAUAACUGUCACGGGCAAGCAUUGUGGUAGUACUAAAGAAAGCUGAGUUGAAAAAUAAUUGAUUUAAUUCUUUUGACAUUUGGAUUAUUAGAAGUGAUUUCAAUUAAAUUGAUUAAUUUGAUAAAGAAAAAACCAUGCCAAAGCCCAGGAAGCCCAGGAAGAAUACUAGAAGAAGUUCAUCUUCUUUAAGUGGUAGUUGGGAUUCCGAUUUUGAGUUACAGAUGGACUUACCUAGGACAACUAAUAAAAGAAAUACACGAACAACGAGGAAGCCAACUUCUCAAAAAGCAAAAAAUUUGAAUAGUUCUAUUGUUGUUGUGGAUGAUUCUGAUGAAGAAUGUUUAUCUACAAUAAUAUCAAGAUAUAAAGUAAUCAAUGAGAGUGUAACUAAUAAAGUAGACGAUUUCUUCAAGUCUAGUGGUUUGUUAUCAGAUGAUGAAGAUGAACCAAUACUACCAAGUUUUCUUGCAAAGAAUAAUGAAAAGGACCAUGAAUCCAGAAAUGUUGAUACAAAUGCACCUAGUUCAUCAAAAACAGACGAAACAAAAACAACUAAUUCGGAUAGUGUUGUAGUUAUAGAUGAUGAACCAAUCGAAAUUACUACGAGGGAAGACAUUGAAAAUUAUUGUAGGGAAACUGAAGACAUCCUCAAAUCUGCUAAAGCUAUACUUGAUAAAUUUACUGGUGCAAAAACUGAGGAAGAAACGAGUUCAACAGAAAGUAAUGUUACAAAAAAUAAUGGAAAUGAACAACCAAGAGGUUUAGGAGAAUGUCCUGUUUGCUAUGAGAAUUUGUCUGAAAAACAAGUAAUGACAACAAAAUGUGGACAUUUAUUCUGUAAAGUUUGCAUUGAAAGAAUUGCAAUUAGCAUUAAAAAAUGUCCAACAUGCCGUAAAGCAGUAAAUAAAAAAAACAUAAUUCCUAUAUACAUUUGAUCUUGAUGUAAUAUAUUGGAUGUCUUUUUCAAAUUCAAAUUUAUUCAUUCAAAGCAUAACAACAGUGGUAAAUUUACAUCUGAUAUUUAGUUCUAAGUUAUUUCUUAUAAAAAUUAUCUUUAAUAAAUAUUUGUUAGGUUUUUG